AUGACUAAAUCGGCUCAACGCGAACCAGGAAUGAUUAGUCGUCAAACAUCAUAUGAUAGUAUUUCACAGCGAUAUCAGAGUCAAAACUAUCGCCGAUUAGAACCACAGCGACCUUCUUCGUAUGCUAGCAACUAUGCUGGUCGUUCGCAAGCCAGAACUGGUCUGGAUGAUAUGGGUGUGCGGAAUGCUACGCAAAAAUACAGGGCUGGUAGUGGCUAUCGCGGCGGAGUUGACAGGUAUGAUGAGUACCGAUCUGGACCUGGAUCUGUUGCCGGAGGAUCUGUUUCUGGAUCAGUAUCUGGCAGUGGCCAAUACACCAAUGGGUUAGCAUCACUUCGACUGGCAACAGGAACUCCAAGUGAAAUCGGAAGUCAGACAGACUCUGUGGUAUACAAGGGCGAUAAUCAGUUGGACAGUGAUCGCAUUAGCAAAACACCAUCUUAUCAUAAACCUUUCACCACUACACCACACCAAUCGCAGGUGUCCAUGUCAAAAUCUCACAAUGGCAAUGCCAUUACUAACCAGCAGCAGCCUUCUACUGGACAAGUCAAAGGACUAGGCACUUACUUUUCUUCCACCGAUCUGGAAGGAUUCAGUGAUGCUACUCGCCGUAUUCUGUUACAGGGAGCAAUAGGCACCAAUUCCACUGCUACCAACCAGACACAUACUUCUUCCACAGCUGCUGGUGGUAUUCCUAGCAGUUCAGAACGCAAGACCUCAAGCGAGGAUAUCAGACAACAGGUUCGCCGCAGACUACAAGAACGAGAUGCAGCCAAAGCCGCAUCUGCAGGCUCUGCAGCCAUGCGUCCUUGGUAGAAUGGACCCAGUAAUAAUACCUGCGUAUUCCCAACUCUAUUAAACCAUCUUGUUUGAAAUAAAAUUUUAUUUUUAAAACUUA